ACGUCAUUAGAAUCAUAGUCCGCCAUCUUUGAAAGCGUGCGUAUCUACAAGGAAACAAGAGCCUAAUAUUUUCACGAUUUUUAGAUAUAUAUACAACAAUUUAACAAAAUGCCUAGAGGAGGAAGAAGAAGCAGUGGACGAUCUUCGUCCCCGAUGUUUAGUAAGCCCGCUCCAAAGCCAUCUGUGCCCGCGACGAGACAGGCAAGCUCAGUAGCGCCUCAACCAUCGUCACAGAUGCAGCCAAAGCAACCAGGCUUGUUCGGCCAAAUGGCCUCUACUGCUGCAGGAGUCGCUAUUGGCUCUACUGUGGGUCAUGUGAUUGGUGGAGCACUGGUUGGGGGAGGGGGGCAUGGCUCAGAAGAUGCCGCCCAGCAGCAACAAGUGUCACCUUACCAGCAGCAGGCUGCGCCAUAUCAGCCACAGAUGUCACAAGGCCAACAGCAAAAUCCAUGCCAGUACGAACUUCAGCAAUUUGUUGAGUGUGCACAGAAUAACAGUGAUAUGAACAUGUGCCAAGGGUUUAAUGAGGCUCUCAGACAGUGCAAGCUUUACAAUGGCCUGGCAUAGAGAGUCAACAGAAAUACAAAUAGUCCAGCCGCAAGCAAAGCAAGACCUUCUUGGUGUGAAUCAGGACUCUGAGGAAAUGGCACUGUUGGUUAAUUGUUGAAGGGAUGGUUGGUGAAUGGGGCAGGGUUUUUUUUAUUCAGAGCAUAUGUUGAUUUUUGUUUAAAGCUGGUUUUGUAAGUUUCAGGAACUUUUUUCUUUGCCUUAAUAUCAACUGACUGCUUUAUUUAUAUGAUAUGAAAAUAAAAACAGAUUUAUAUUCAAA